UAUCGCGCAUCCUCGCUAUCUGCUCGAUAUCUGACCCGGCGACGUACUUACCAACGCGGCAAUGACCAGUUUGAGCAAAUGAGGAAAGCAAAGGCCAAAAAGGCCGGAGCCAGCAGCAAGAAGGGAGGUGACGCCAAAGCCCCCGCCCCCGCCCCCCCCACCGAAGAUGCUCCCCCGUCGCCAGCAGCCGCGGAGCCGACUGUGGCCGAAGCGCCCGAGAAGAAAGAAGAAGAUGACGAAGAAAGGGGAAAAGAAGUAAAGGAAGAAGAGCCUCAAGAACAAGAGAAGACAACCGAGGAGUUCCCGUCCGUCCCAGAAGACGCGGCUGCCGAGUCGGCUCCCGUUACAACGCCCUCCCUAGCGCAGCAAUCCAAGGCUCGGUCGACCUCGUUCAGGCAGGGGUCAGGCUCCCUCUCCAGCGGUGCACCGUUGUCGCCGGGUGCUGGUGCGGCAGGUCUGGGGCUGCUCAGCCCCGAGGGCGAGACGGCGCCGGAUAUCUACCGGAAGCAUGUCCUGAGAAUCGAAGAGCUAGAGAAGGAGAACAAGGCGUUGGCGAAGGAACUGAAGGACGCAGAGAAGCGCUGGCAGAAGGCCGAGGGGGAACUGGCAGAUCUCAGAGAAGGCGAGGGCACUGCUGCCGGAGGCGACCGGGGAGGGGAAGUAGAGAAGCUGAAAAACGAGAUCGCCGCUCUCCAGCGCCAAAACUCCCAGCUACAAGCCCAGCUCAGCCGCCGCCACGGCUCCUCCCCGUCUCUCUCCAUGUCCUCCCCGCCGGCCACCAGCGAGCUGGAAGCGCAGCUCCGGAGCAAGUCCGUGACGAUCGAGAACAUGGAACUCGAGAUGUCGCGGCUGCGGGCGCAGGUGGAGCGGCUCUCGGUCUCGGCCUCCACGCCGUCGGAGCAGAUCACGGCGCUCGAGGAGAAGCUCGCGCGGGCGGACAAGGCGGCGGGCCUUGCGCAGCGCGAGCUGCACGACCUCAAGAUUGAGCUGGAGCAGGCGUCCAAGAAGGCGGUCAAGGAAGGGUCGGAGCGCGCGUCGGCCGAGACCAAGGCGCGCGCGCUCGAGCAGCAGGCCGCCGAGGCGGCCGCGGCGCGGGACGAGCUCGCCCGCAAGGCGGAGGCGCUCGAGAAGAAGGUGGCCACGCUCACGACGCUGCACAAGGAGCAGGACGGCCGCACCCAGGCCCUCCGCCGCGACAAGGAGCGCGCCGAGAAGGAGGCGGCCGAGCUGAGGGCCAAGCUGGACAAGGCUGAGGCCGAGAUCCUGCGGCUGCGCAAGAAGGACGCGGCCGAAGGCGGCGGCGACGACGACGGCGUGGACGAACUGGAGGACGAGGAGCGGCAGAGGCUGGAGAAGAGGAUCCGGGAGCUCGAGGCCGAGAACACGGACCUGAGGAGGGGCGUCUGGAGGGAGAAGCGACGGCAGAUGCAGGUCGGGCCGGACGAGGACGUCGUCGCCGCCGCCGCCGCCGCGGCUGCCGGCGGUGCUGCCGGGGGCGCGUUCGAGACGGUCGAUCUCGGCGGGGCAUCGGCGCCGCCGGCCAGGAAGAGCGCAGCGGGGCUGGGCGAGUUCCUUGCCAGCGGGUUGAACGCGUUGACUGGCGCCGCUGGCGGCGGCCACGGGUACGGACACGGUCACGACGACGGGCUGCUGGAGGAUGACGACAUGGAGUUUGACGAGGAGGCGUUCCGGCGGGCGCAGGAAGAGGAGCAGAAGCAGAGGAUCGAGAGGAUCAAGGAGAUCAAGAGGUCGUUGAAGAACUGGGAGGGCUGGAGGCUCGACCUGGUGGAGAACCGGAGGGGCGGUGGUGAAGGGAUCGGGGAGAUCUUUGAGGUGUGAGAGGGUGUGUGAGCAGCCAUCCAUUGAUAUAUGUGAUUGAUAAGGGUGAAGGUUCAUAGGAAGGGACGCCCGUGUCAAAGGAAUCAGGAUCAUCUUUUUUUGCGCACCAUCUGACUGAAAGAUGGUUUGGAUGCUUCCGUUGGCCCGUAUACUUUGAUUUGGCUCAUUGUGGUUGUCAUGAUGAAUUGAAAUACUAAACUCGGUCGACAAUGGCAGGCAAAGACACAAGAUGGAACAUUCCUACACCAAACCUCUUUGAUGGGUGAUUUUCAUGGUACGAUGGCAACAGCUAAGGUAGCCCGAUGGCAGCCUGGAACAUGAGAGUAAUAACGUGCCUUCUCCCGGGCACUUCCAUUCCA